AUGGGGAGACGCGAAGAGGAGAGGAGGCGGAGGAGCGGCAGGAAGCCGGGAGAAUCGAUAAUGCCGUAUUCGAUGCAGAAGCUCCUUAAGAGGAACUAUAAGGCGGUGUACGCCAGUGAGGACAUCCUAUCGCUGUACCACUCGUCCCUGCUGUACGGCGAGGUGCCUUUCACCAGUCGCCUGCGAGCCAUGCUCACCUCGGGGCCCAUCAGCCUCGCCGUCACUGCUGUCAGUCCCUUGCCGCCAGUGCUCUGA